AGAGGAACUAUCAGGCGAUUCUGUCUGUCCAGGCCAACACCCACUAAAGUUGGCAAUAAAACUCAGAAACAUUCUCCUAAAUCUCCACUCCAUUUAGAGUAACGUGUGCGGUGCAUCUCUGAAUCCAGAGCUUCAGCAGUGUUCUCAUCUCUUCAAUUCAAGACUAAAAUCUCUCCUCCAUCACUAUGGCAGCGUUGGGCAACCGUGGAACCGUAACUGAGGCAUUAGGCUUCAACCCAGAGGAAGAUGCCCAGAAACUUUACAAAGCUAUGAAAGGAGCUGGAACCGAUGAGGCGACUAUCAUCGAGAUCCUCGGCCAUCGCACUAUUGCACAAAGGCAGAAAAUCAAGGAGUCUUUCAAGCUGAGCGUGGGAAAGGAACUGGUUGACUGCUUGAAGUCAGAGCUAUCUGGAAACUUUGAGCAGGUUGUGGUCGGCCUGAUGAUGCCCGCCCCAGUGUAUGAUGCGUAUGAGCUGAGGAACGCCAUCAAGGGUGCAGGAACAGAGGAGGCAUGUCUCAUUGACAUCCUGGCCUCAAGAACCAAUGCUGAGGUGAAGGAAAUCAUUGCUACCUACAAGAACGAAUAUGGCAAGAGUCUCGAGGACGAUGUCCGUGCAGACACGUCUGGAAUGUUCCAGAGAGUUUUGGUGUCUUUACUCACGGCUGGCCGUGACCAGAGCACCAAGGUGGACGAGGCUCAGGCUGUUCAGGAUGCAAAGGACAUCUAUGAGGCAGGCGAAGCUCGCUGGGGAACAGAUGAGGUCAAGUUCCUAACUGUACUGUGUGUGAGGAACCGAAAUCACUUACUCCGAGUGUUUCAGGAGUAUCAGAAGAUUUCUGGAAGGGACAUUGAGGACAGCAUAAAGAGAGAGAUGUCUGGCUGCCUGGAGGAUGUAUUUCUGGCAAUAGUGAAAUGCCUGAAAAACAAGCCAGCAUUUUUUGCUGAAAGGCUCUACAAGUCAAUGAAGGGUUUAGGCACCACAGAUAGCGUGCUGAUCAGAAUCAUGGUGGCUCGUGCCGAGAUCGAUAUGCUGGAUAUCAAAGCAGAGUUCCUGAAGAUGUAUGGAAAGACCCUUCAUUCCUUUAUAAAGGGUGACACAUCGGGCGAUUACAGUAAGAUCCUGUUGGAGCUGUGCGGAGGAGAAAAGUAACUCGUUCACCGUGUUCAUUAGCAUGAAAGCUGUCUCUCACACCAAGUCUACUUAAUUUCAAACACAUUCUCUGUUUGUAAUACCCAUUAAAACCAAACAGUGUUGUUUUAAACGAGACUCAUGUUUUAUUUUGAUUUGUGUUUAUAGCCUUGGAAUUUAUGGGAGUCCUUCAUAGAUUGGUGUGUGUUUCAAAUGAAUAAAAGGAGAAAAGAACAGCCUGCAUUGACUGUA